AAAUCUGUUGAAUGAUUGUCUCCUUGUUGGUCGGAGCUAACAAGGAGGCUAAAUGACUCUGGUCGCCGCCAGCUGAAGGAGCGAAAUGAAGUGAAGUGGAGGCUGAGCGCUGAGCGGCGCGUCCUGUCAGUCGCUGCUGAGGAAGAGGAGAGAGAGGAAGCUGCGCUAUAAAAGCCGGAGUCUCCGCGCGGCUCCGGAGUUCGCAGGAGGCGCUCGGAGCGCCGCAGAGCUUCUCUGGGUCUCCAGGCCGGGUUCCGAGUUUCAGGCUGCGGGUCGCCGGAUGCCGCGUUUCUCUGCAGCUGUCGAGAUGCUUCCGGCGACCAGGCGCCGCUGCGGGUGAGGAUGAGGAGGAGGAGGCAGGAGCGGGUCUGACUGAGGCUGCAGGACAUGCGGCGUCUUCUCCUCUGAAUGCGGGUUUGAGAGCUUCCCAAGCGGCCAGUCGGAGCUCGAUGAGCGGGGCAGGUGACGGAGGAAGAAGGUGGAGGGAUGGAGCCGCCCGCCAGCUACGGAGGUCUGCUGAACUUCUCCACCAAUGACUCCGCCACCAGCGGCUCCGAGGCGGAGCGGCGGGGCUCCAGCCUGGGCCCCCAGGCGGCUCUGGCCGUGACUCUGGGGCUCAUCACCUGCGCCACCACGCUCUCCAACGCCUUCGUCAUCGCCACCAUCUACCAGUCCCGGAAGCUGCACACCCCGGCCAACUUCCUCAUCGCGUCCCUGGCGCUCACGGACCUGCUGGUGUCCAUCCUGGUGAUGCCCAUCAGCGCGCUGUACACGGUGCUGCAGACCUGGCCGCUGGGCCAGGUGAUGUGUGACAUCUGGCUGUCCUCGGACAUCACCUGCUGCACCGCCUCCAUCCUCCACCUGUGCGUCAUUGCGCUGGACCGGUACUGGGCCAUCACGGACGCGGUGGAGUACUCCAAGAAGCGCACGGCGGGACGCGCCGCCGGCAUGAUCGCCACCGCCUGGGUCAUCGCCAUCUCCAUCUCCCUACCGCCAUUCUUCUGGCGCCAGGUGAAGGCGGAGGAGGUGACGAGCUGCAACGUGAACACGGACCACAUCUUCUACACCAUCUACUCCACCUUCGGCGCCUUCUACAUCCCCACGCUGCUGCUCAUAUGCCUGUACGGCCGGAUCUACGUGGAGGCGCGGAAGCGCAUCCUGAAGCAGGCGCAGUACAAGCAGGGGAAGAGGCUGACCUCUGCGCACCUGAUCAGCAGCUCCCCCGGCUCCGUGGCGUCCACCACCUCCCUGAACUACGGGACGAACGACGCCUCCUCCUGCGACACUACCUCGUCCUCCCCCAGUGUGAGCCAAGUCAAAGUCACUGUGUCAGACGCGCUGCUGGAGAAGAAGCGCAUCUCUGCGGCCAGGGAGCGGAAGGCCACCAAGACCCUGGGCAUCAUCCUGGGAGCCUACAUCGUCUGCUGGCUGCCCUUCUUCAUCUACACCCUUCUAGUGCCUCUCUGCGAGUCCUGCUUCCACCCAGGGCUGUUCGACAUCUUCACCUGGCUCGGGUACCUCAACUCCCUCAUCAACCCCAUCAUCUACACCAUGUCCAAUGAGGAUUUCCAGCAGGCCUUCCACAAACUCAUGCUGCGCUUCAGGUGCUGCAGGGCGUGAGGACUGCUUCCUCCAAAUGGAGCCCAGAACCAGCCCACAGGUGGGACCCAUACUGGGAUUGUCUGCAAGGUAUGUAACAGUCCAUGGUGGUAAGGGGACCCAGCCAGUCCCAUCUGGGUCCCAUGUCUGGGGUCCACAGGUCACAGGCUGGAGGGCUGCAGAACAAGCAUGAGGAUUUUCAGUCAUCAGUGAUUGGUGUUGCUGGAAGCCAUCUGACAUUCACAGGUGGGACCCAUCGUCCAAAACUAGGAUAACCUGCAAGCUAAGAGUUAUGGAAGUCUCCAAGGGUUCAUAACCAAACAGACUGAGUGG